CAAACAAAUAAUUCCCAAGUGAAAUUAUCUGAUACAAUGGCACAAUUUAAAUAUUAUGAGCUUUAUUCCCUUGGCUGUUUCACUGCACGAACGGAGCGUUUUGCACUUAGUUUUGCUUUUGGACUUUUGUUAAUAAAUAUGUUUUUGUUUAUUAUAUCUUUAUCUUUUGAUCAAUUUUGGAGUUUUGGCACUCCUGCACUCUUUCACAUAUUUGCAGCUUUGGCACUUUUUUAUUCAAAUUUGGCUGGGAAGCCUUCUUAUUGUUUGAUCUACCUUGUGAUUAACGGUGUCACAAUUAUCGCUCUGGCCAUCUUCUUCUGUACAGUUUUAUUAUUAGAUAUCCGACCACAAUUGUUCAAUGGCUUUAUCAAGAAAGAAGAAUACCCCCAAUUUUCUUCAACUCUUUCCUACUACAAUUUAACAAACUCAGAAAUUCGUCAAUUAGAAUUAGCCCUCCUCUUGCUUUUAUGUAUUCACUGGAUGGGUCAAAGCUUAGUUUGGCAUUAUUAUUGCUAUUCCAAGCACUUUAAAGCCGAAGAAUUUUACCAUCAAAGAUUGCCGUUACCUACAGCUGCCUCUUGUGCUUCUCAAAAUCGCGCUACUUCUUUCCCUAUUGUUGCUCCUGUUAAACGUCUUCAAGUGGUUCAUCAACAAUCCAAAUAA